AUGGCAAAAUCUGAGGAACACUUUGUUGGAGGGAGUAUGUUUGGAUGGGACCCUAUACCUUCUAAUGACUUGAACAGUUGGUCAUUGAAUCAGCACUUUCGUGUGAAUGAUUGGCUAUAUUUUGGAUAUGACAAACGCUAUUUCAGUGUCCUAGAGGUGAACAAAACAAGUUAUGAGAACUGCAUAGAUGCAGGAUUCAUUAAGAACGUAACCGGAGGCGCUGGACGAGACGUUCUUCCCCUGACAGAGAAGAAGACUUAUUACUUUAUAAGUGGAGGAGAUUACUGUAAGCAAGGGUUGAAGGUUGCCAUUAAUGUUAAUGAUAAUGUUGCACCAGCUCCUGCACCUACAUCUCACAAAAGUGGUGCUCCUUCUGCUUUAGAUGCUUCUAAUAUCUACCAUGCAAUUGUGGGGCUCAUCUUAAUCUUGAUGUUCACCAAAUUCUUGGGAUAA